AUGUCGACUUCACCGUCACCAAAACCGCGCUCUCAGGCCAGCACCUCCCCCACGCUCGUUGCUCUUCUUGCCAUCCUUUUCGCGCCGCAUCUCGUCCACGCCGCAACGCAAAUCACUUUUUUCGAACACAGUUCCUGCAACGCCGGGACAUCAUUUGCACAGUACAACGAUGCGGGAACUCUUCAGUCCGACACGUCAUGCCAUCAGACGCCUAACGGGACGGUGGCGCUCUACGUGAAUGGAAUCGACUCGGGCUGUACAUUGCGCACCUACGAAUCUACCAACUGCGACCCCUCCGCCUCGUCACUAGCAGGUCUCGACGUCAGCGUCGGUACAUGCUUUUAUGUCGAGGAAGGCGUCACGCUAGGCUCCUGGCGGCCAGACUGCUCAGGCAUCGACUACAGUUCAACCAAUGGCGAGGACACGGGCAGUUCGUACGCGAGUUCGAGCAGCGGCGUAACAGGCGUGGUUACUCUCACGGCUUCGUCAACAACGUCUUCUUCAUCGACGUCAAUGUCCAGCUCGACACAGUCGACAUCAACGAGUGCAAGCAGCACUGUUUCAAGUGCGAGUGGCAGUGGCAGCGGCAGUACCACUGCAACUCCGACUGCAACUGCGGCCGCGACGAAGGCGAGCAGCGACGCUACCAGCGCGAAGGGACUGUCGCUCAACGCGCUAGCGAUCGGAAGCCUGGCACUGUUAUCUUUGGCUGUGUUGAGGGGUCUAGCUUAA